CUAAAAUUAGGAUUGUUUCUGGGUGAGGAGGAGCAGGAGGUGUCUGCGUCCUCGGGCACGGCUCACAUCCCCGCACGACCGGGACCCUCCUGGACAAAAGAAUCCUUCACGAGACCCCCAGAAGACGCCAGGAUCUGAAGGAAACUUAGAAGGCACCGAAACUCAACGUCACCGAGCCGGGAAGGGGAAACAGCAAUAAUAGAGGUAGAUGGCAGCCUUGUCCCUCCCACCACAGAACUCACAUGUGGGUUUAGACAUGCCUGGGAGCGCCCCUCGCUUUCUGUCUUUCCCUCGCUCGGUCACAGCGCCCAUCGGCACACAUGCCGUCCUGAGAUGUCGUAUAAGUGGAGAUCCACCGCCCAACGUCUUGUGGGAAAGGGUUGGAAAUAUCCGGCUCGAGCUGGGGGACAGAUGCUACGCUCAGAGAGACGGAGACUGGUACCAGCUGGUGAUUAGUGACCUGCGCCUGGAGGAUUCGGGCCACUACAUGUGUAGAGCUAGUAACUGGUCAGGCGAAGGGUAUGCCGGCGCCAAACUGACUGUGACCCUCAACAGUACUGUGUUCACCGAGCCACGUAUUGGUCUUCCCAACGAUGUAGUUCCAGCCACAAAGUUGGCCGAAGCACCUUCUUCCACCCUGGAGCCUUCUGUAAAAACAACCCAACCACUAACUCCAUUGGACAUGACCAACGACGACCGCCAUUCUGAAGGCCCCGACUUUCCUCCAUGUUAUUUGCUCCUUCCAAGAUCGCAGAGGCUGACCCGCGGUGAAAGUGGGGAGUUCACCUGCAAAGUUUCGGGGAAACCAGAGCCGCAAAUUCGCUGGGAGAAAGACGGAAGGGGUCUGGAAGAGAUUUUUGACCGAUCUCACUACCACCUGUCUCCCGGGGGUCACACCUUAAGUAUUUCUCAUGUCCGCCCCCCAGAUGCUGGCGUCUAUGUGUGUAGGGCCACUAAUUCUGUUGGGCAAUGUUUGGCUGCCGCUGUACUGCUGGUGGAUCCCACUCCACGUCAGGGUCCCGAACCUAUUCCAGGGGACCCCCCGGCUCAGGUGAAAGUGUUCACAGUCAACGAAGGGAAACAUGCCAAGCUUCGUUGUUUAGUUACCGGUAAACCAAGGCCUGAGAUCGUUUGGCGCAAAGAUGGACGCACAGUCAGCCCUGGCCGGCGAACGCUCAUUUACGAGGACCGUGAUGGCCACUUUAUACUCAAGAUUCUGUUCUGUCGACAACAAGACCGAGGCUUGUAUGUGUGCGGGGCCUCGAACUCAGCUGGAAACACUCUCAGUGCUGUCAUGUUACACGUAAGAGAGGUAGGUGAUCGCUUUCCAGCUCCGCUGAGAGACAUGGCGGUGAGGGAGGGGCAGGAUGCCAUUUUGGAGUGUUCAGUCCCAGAAGGGACCCGCACAUCAUGGUACCUGGAGGAUCAGAGGCUUCAUCCAGGAAAGCGACAUCUUAUAGAGGAACAUGGUACCCUCAGACGACUGAUAAUCCGGGGCGCUCGGACAGAUGAUGAUGGGGUCUACGUGUGCCAGACUCAUAGAGGGGCCCAGAGUAUUGCAGAGCUUGCUGUAAGAGGGCCCAUUGUGAAGAAACUGCCUCGGCGUCUGGAGGUGGCGGAAGGUGGAAAUGCAGCGUUUUGCGCUGAGACAGAAAGUGAAGUGGAGCAGGUCGGUUGGACCCGCGAUGGUCACAUACUUUCCGAGGAUCAUAGAACGGUUGUGAAAAGUUUUGGAAGGACCCAUGUAUUGGUGAUGGUCGGGGUCACGCAGAAAGAUGGCGGUAUUAUACAGUUCCACGCUGGGCUUUCGGAGUCCUCCUGUCAUCUUCGAGUGAAAGUCAGGGGGUCCAGCAUAGCCCCGGCCUCUGGAGAACCGUCUAACAGGACACAGGAUGCCGGACAACCCUUGUGCCUCAGCUGCCAGACACCCAGCUCAGGGGCUAAAGUGCGCUGGAUGAAGGAUGGCCAAGAAGUGGAGGCCGGAGGACGCUUCUCCCUCCAGUCAGAUGGCAGAAUGAGGCGGCUUCUUAUCUCAUCAUUGGACCCAUUAGAUAGCGGCACCUACACCUGUCACCUGGGCAAUGACAGCACCAGCUUCACCGUCACCGUGUCUGAACCUCCAGUGAAGAUCAUAAACACCAGUGAUAACACCGAACACAAGUGUGUGAGCGGAGAGCCCCUGGUGCUGAGCUGUGAGGUGUCCAGGGAGAACGCCCGUGUGCGCUGGUACCGGGAUGGGGUGGAAGUGGAGGAGAACGAGAACGUCAGGUUUGAGCUGGACGGGAGACAUCGUAGAUUGGUUAUUACAGGUGCUAAACCAGAAGAUGCUGGAGAGUACGGCUGUAACGCCGGAGAGGACUCAGUCUUCUUCAAUGUCUCCAUUUCGGAGCCUCCAGUGAAGAUUAUAAACACCAGUGAUGAUACGGAACAUAAAUGUGUGAGCGGAGAGCCCCUGGUACUGAGCUGUGAGGUGUCCAGGGAGAACGCCCGUGUGCGCUGGUACCGGGAUGGGGUGGAAGUGGAUGAGAGCCAGAACAUCAGGAUAGAAUCAGAUGGGAAACAUCAUAGAUUGGUUAUUGCGUGCGCCAAACCGGAGGACUCGGGAGAGUUUGUCUGCGACACUGGAGAUGACUCAGUCUUCUACAAUGUGACGGUGACAGAACCCCUGGUGAAAAUAGUGAACACUAGUGAUGAUGGAGAGCACAAGUCCACGAGUGGUGAGAGCGUGGUGCUGAGCUGUGAGGUCUCCAGAGAGAACGCCCCUGUGCAUUGGUACAAAGAUGGCGCUGAGAUCCAGGAGACGGACAAUAUCAGAAUGGAGUCACACGGGAGGGAACGGAGGUUAAUCAUUUCGGCUGCCAGACCAGAAGACUCUGGAGAGUUUGUCUGUGAUGCUGGGCAGGAUUCAGUCUUCUACCAUGUGACGGUGACAGAUCCUCCAGUGAAAAUUGUGAACACAGACGACGACGCAGAACACCGUCACAUGAGCGGGGAACGUGUGGUGCUGAGCUGCGAAGUGUCAAGGGAGAACGCCCUGGUGCGCUGGUACAAGGAUGGUGAGGAGCUGGAGAAGAGUGAGAACAUUGUCAUAGAGGAGGAAGGGCGUCACCGUAGACUGAUCAUCCCAUCUGCCCAAACCCAAGAUUCAGGAGAGUUCAUGUGCGAUGCCGGAGAUGAUUCUAUUUUCUACAAUGUAUAUGUGAAAGACCCCCCUGUCCAGAUAGUCUGCGCGAGUGACACCAAGGCGUUACUCAGCGGGGAGCGCAUGGAGCUGAGCUGUGAGGUGUCAAGAGAAAAUGCUGAGGUCUGUUGGUAUAAGGACGACGAAGAACUGCAAGAAAGUGAGAAGAUCAUACUUGAGGCAGACGGUCGUCACCGCCGGUUGAUCAUGCUCUCGGUACAGCCGUCGGACUCCGGUGAAUUUGUCUGUGAUGCCAUCGAUGACUCUGCUGUCUUUACUGUGGCUGUAACAGAUCCUCCGGUGAAGAUCAUAAACACAGAUGAUGACAUGGAACAUAAGUGUGUGAGCGGUGAGCCGGCGGUGCUGAGCUGUGAGGUGUCCAGGGAGAACGCCCGCGUGCGCUGGUAUCGGGAUGGCGUGGAGGUGGAGGAGAACGAGAACAUCAGGUUGGAGUCUGACGGAAGACAUCGUAGAUUGGUUAUUACUUGUGCCAAACCUGAGGACUCGGGGGAGUAUGUAUGUGACACCGGAGACGACUCGGUCUUCUACACCGUGAUGGUGACAGAGCCCCCCGUGAAGAUCCUGAAUGCAGAGGAUGACACAGACGAGAGGUGUCUGAGUGGAGAAGAACUGGUUUUGAGCUGUGAGUUGUCCCGGGAGAAUGUCCUGGUCCGCUGGUACAAAGAUGGGGAGAGAUUAGAAGAGAGCGAGAAGAUCAGUCUGGAGUCUGAGGGGAGACUCCGGCGUCUGAUCAUCCUCUGCGCACAGACACAAGAUUCUGGGGAGUUUGUCUGUGAUGCCGGAGACGACUCAAUAUUCUACAAUGUGACCGUGACAGAUCCUCCUGUCAGAAUUGUGAACACAAGUGAUAAUGUAGAGAAAAGGUGUCUGAGCGGAGAAGAAGUGAUACUGAGCUGUGAGGUGUCCAGGGAGAAUGCCAAAGUAUGUUGGUACAAGGACGGAGUGGAAGUAGAAGAUAGCGAGGACCUUGUUUUGGAGUCAGACGGAAAGUAUCGUAGACUCAUCAUCCAUAAUGCUCAAGUGCAAGACUCGGGGGAGUUUGUCUGUGACGCUAGAGAUGACUGCGUCUUCUAUAAUGUUGUGGUGUCAGAACCUCCAGUGAAGCUUCUGAACACCAGUGAUGAUACCGAGCUGAUGUAUCUGACCGGGGAGCAGGUGGAGCUGAGUUGUGAGGUGUCCAGAGAGAACGCCUCUGUACGAUGGUACAAGGAUGGAGAAGAGGUGGAAGAGAUGGAAGAAAUUCAGCUGGAAUCGGAUGGGAAGCACCGUGGACUUAUUAUUCCAUUUGCCCAAACUCAACACUCGGGAGACUAUACCUGUGAUGCUGGAGAUGACUCCAUCUGUUACUAUGUAAAGGUUACUGAGCCACCAGUAAAGUUUGUCAACACAAGUGAAGACACGGAGUUGGCGUAUGUGAAUGGGGAGCCUGUGAUAUUAAGCUCGGAGGUGUCUAGAGAGAAUGCCCAUGUGCGCUGGUACAAGGAUGGGGUAGAGGUGGAGGACAGCGAGGAUGUGCGGGUGGAGGCUGAUGGUCGAAUACGCAGACUGGUUAUACACUCAGCACAAGUGGAGGAUUCGGGAGAAUAUGUCUGUGAUGCCGGGGAUGAUGCUGUAUUUUACAGUGUAUUAGUGACAGAGCCUCCCACAAAGAUUGUGUUCCCAGACGUCCGCUCACAGGAACUGGAGUAUAUUGUGGGAGCGAGGGUGGAGCUGGUGCUGGAAGUGUCACGUAGCGGUGGUAAUGCUCGCUGGUUCAAAGAUGGACUGGAAGUGGAUGAGGAUGAGAACCUACAGGUGACCUCAGAGGGAACUCGUCGCUGUUUGAUCUUACCAAGAGCCAAUGUGGACGACACUGGGGAAUAUAUCUGUGACACAGACAGCGACUCUAUUACAUUUGAUGUCAAGAUAUCAGAGCCUCCAGCUAAGUUUGUAAGCGCCGGCUGCUCCCCCCCUGUACUGCAUGUGACUGAAGGGGACCCCCUGUCCAUACAGUGCGAGCUUUCCCGCACACCGGAUGUAAUUCGUUGGUUUAAGAAUGGGACAGAAGUGACACCAGAUGGGAAUCUGACUAUGGACGAUGAGGGAGAGGAGUGCACUCUAAGUCUUCUCUGUGCGCAGCCAGAGCACUCCGGGGAGUAUGAGUGCAACGUCGGGACUGACACUCGGACCUUCCAAGUUCAGGUUGAUGCUCCUCCGGUCACCAUUGUUGGUAACACAGGAACUCCGGAACACCAUACUUUAAUGACCGGGGAUGACCUUGUUCUUUCCUGUGAGUUGUCGCGGCCAAAUUUUAAGGUGCGCUGGCUGAGAAAUGGGGAGGAGCUUGUGUCUGGAGGACGGGUCAAAAUCACCUCUCGAGGAGUUCACCGGCAACUUACCAUACAAAGUGUCCGAGCUUUAGACUCUGGCACAUACACCUGUGAUGCCGGUACAGACCAGUUACAGACAGAAGUUCGCGUAGAAGUACCACGGCAGGUGGAAUUUAUCACUGAGCUCCAGAACGUCACAGUCCUGGAAGGAGACACUGCCACCUUUAAAUGUGUCGUAUCUCCAGAGGAUGUCAUUCUCCACUGGGAACUCAAUGGAUCCCCGGUAAACUCCGACCGUCGGGCCAGCAUGUCGAGUAAUGGACUCUGCCACUCUUUAACGUUGCAUGGUUGUCGCUUGUCCGACUCUGGCACCAUCAUUGCUAAUGCUGAAGGACUCAUCUCACGGGCAAGACUAAGAGUUCAAGAGGCUCAUGUGAUGUUUUCCAAAGGACUGAAAGACAUGGAGGUAGAAGAAGAACAGGAUGUCACUUUUGAGGUCCAGGUCACCACUGAGAAGGCAGAAGUCCACUGGGUGAAGCAGGGCGUUGUGAUUCAGCCCAACGAUAGGUUUACUCUUCAGGACUCGGGGCAUAGCCAUACGCUGACCAUCCUUGGUGUCCAGGCGUCUGACCGUGGGCGGUACAGCUGUGAAAGUCUCCACGACCGAAGCGAUUGCCGCCUGAAUGUUCUACCCCGAAGUAUUGGCAUAAAGAAAGGCUUAAAAGACGUGCGAUGUGUGGAGGGAAGUGACGUGGAGUUUUUGGUGGAAUUGACCCAUGAUGAUUUGAAAGGAGAGUGGUGGAAAGGAGGCGUCCCUUUGACCUCCGAUGACCGAUGCGUCAUCAAAUCGAAUGGGCGCCAGCAUUCUUUGCGCCUUUUAGACCUAUCGCUUCCCGAUACUUCAGUGAUCGCUUUUAUCACUGAUACCUUGCGUACUAUGGGACAGCUGACUGUCACGGAGCACCCACUGGCCAUCACACAAGCCCCACAGGACUGUGUCGUUCAUGAAGCCGGGCUAGCCACAUUCCAGUGUGAGGUCUCCAAACAAGAAGCCGUGGUGACGUGGAGCAAGGACGCGGAGGAGUUGGUCCCAAGCACAUUGUGCCGUAUGUUCUCGGUGGGACGACGGCGAAUACUUCAUAUCAACCAGUGUGGACCCCAAGAUGCUGGAACGUACACAUGCAAUGUGGGUGACCUGAGUGCCUCGGCCACGUUACGUGUUCUUGAGCAAGAACCACAAGUGCUAAAAGAUUUGCAAGAUGUUGAGAUAGUGGAGAAUGACAACGCGGCGUUUAUCUGCGAAUUAUCCUGCGCACAGGCCAAAGGAGAAUGGUUCAAAAAUGGAGAGAAAAUUAAAGUAACAUCCACCACGAAGAUCCGCCAAGAAGGAAGAAGACACUUUCUUCUUAUUUGUGGGGCUCAGUGUGAAGACUCUGGAGAAAUUCUCUUUCGGGCCCGAAGAGUAGAGUCGAGAGCAAAACUCAAAGUCAAAGAGUUACCUGUCCGCAUUGUAAAAUCUCUGAGGGACAAGACGGCCCUACAAGGGCAUCGCGUGAUAUUCGAAUGUAAGGUCAGUCCGGCCCGAGCUCCAGUCACUUGGCUGAGAGGCAGUCAAGUCAUUGUUCCUUCUGACAAGUAUCAGAUCACCAGCGAGGACGCUUAUCGCACUCUGUACAUCAAUGAUGUGGGCCCUGAAGAUGAAGACGUCUACACUAUGAAGACCCCAGGGGGCCAGACCUCCGCCCGGUUACUAGUGGAGGGUUUAGCAAUCCAACUAUAUAAAAAUCUGAGAGAUGUAAAAGUGACCGCCCCCGAUGACGCGUGUUUCGAGUGUGAGGUGUCCCUUCCUCUAUCCAGACCUCCACAGUGGAGUCUAAAUGGGGUGCAGCUACACAACGGAGGCGACAUCAUCAUCGAAGCCAGAGGAAACCGGCACAGGCUCACCCUGCAGGACACGUACCCUGAAAUGUCAGGAACCGUGAGGUUUACAGCUGGGAAAACACGUGCGGAAGCGCAGCUCAUUGUGCAAGAACAAUAGGAAGACAUGUUGCAGGAUCAGCGUCAUCUCUUUCACAAGAGCCAACACUAUCUUCAAGCCUCUGUUCCUCUCUUCCCAGCCCCAAUAGGUAGAGCAGUGCUCUUACCAACGCCAAGUGCCAAGGCUCGGUUGCAGCCAAGCUUUUGGGUUCUAGACCCUUGUAUUCUCAGCGCUCACUUAUUUAUUUGUAAACCUUAUUGAAAACCUGUCCACCCAUCCCUCCCAUCUGGAAGACAGCGAGACAAGCCGUAUAUGUAAACCAGCGGAGUGACUGGCAGAUGGAGACAAGGGAUGACAUAGACAAGAUGGCGGCAUGGAAAUAUGGCAGGAAGACACAGGAGUAUGGGAGAAUGGAUGAUAAAGGGGGAAUGCAAAAAAAAUGUUUGUACGAUGUCAUCAAAUAUACUGUAGGUGUUCCCCCGCAGGAGUUACUGAAGAUUCUUCUUGUUCUAUGAUUUGUUUUUUCUCUGUCAACCAUCUUUGCCUUCUUGGAGAUCAGAGGAGUCCAACCUGUGGCGCGGGGGUGAAGGUUUCCUUCCUUUGCUUCUUCUAAUAAUCUGGAGAGAGGAGGACAAACCAGGAGGCCGGGUCAAAACCGAUAGCAAUGGUUCUGUUGUGUGGAGACUGCUAGCUGACUUAGGGGGUGUUAUAGGCCAGGCAAUGCACCCUGGGAAAAGGGUAUGCAAAUAACCCUCCCUUCAAAAGGAAGAAAGCUGUCUCUCUAGUGCCACCUAUUGGAUAUUUCUUACUUCAAGGCUUUUUUAUGGAUCGGCCAUUAGCCAGGGAGGAUGCUUCCCAUACCUGCUCUCUUCCUUCUGUUAAAGGCCUAAUUUGCAAAGCAAUGGAUCAAAAAGGACACCAAAAUCUCACAAAACCAACCAUACACAUUAGAAAUGAGUUGACCAACCCGGCCAAUUUGGGCAGGACUAACUGUCUGAUGUGUUUAGAGGCCCCCCCGAUGAUGUUGGGGAUCUCCCUGCUGCACCCGGCAUUCGUUUAGAGCAUCAGGUGCAGCGCCAGAGGCUAGUGGUGUCACGGCCACGCCCCUCUUGUGACGUCAUUGCCGCGCCCCCUCAGUGCAAGUCUAUGGGAGGGGGCGUGACAGCCAUCACACAGACUCCCGUAGACUUGCAGUGAAGUGGCGUGGCCGUGACAUCACGAACGGGGCAUGACCAUGACGACACGAGCCUCCGCCCCGCAUCGCCAGGCAUCCAGCAGGGGGCGAAGUUCGCUCCGUGCACUGGAUGUCUGGGGUGCCGUAGCCGAGAUUGCGAGGGUCCCCAGGAGCAGAUGGCACUAACCCCUUGUAUUCGUGACGCCAGGGCGUGGUUUAUCCUUUAACCACCUGAAGGUAUACCGCUGGAUCCUGGGCUAGGCACGGGGGCAAUAAAGACUCCAACCCCAAGUUACGGACAACGGUAGCUUUACUGAGGGAAGACAGAUGGUAAAGUCUAUACAGUGCAGCCAGGGCCCAAGGAGGUGACCAGUGACUUCAGAGACCUUAAGGGCUUGCUGGGACUUGUAGUAGGAAUGGACAAUUGAAUGCAGACCACGCUGACUUGACAGAUGACAGGGACAGACUUGACUUGACUCAUAAAGCUGUGACUUUAUCUUACUUGACUUGAUGGUGGCUGCAGGACUGGACUUUGAGGUCUCCAACACUCUGGACACACACACUAGACAAGACUGCACUGGACCUCAGCAGAAGAGAGAGAAGAUCCACCCAGGGCUUAUAUGGGGGAGACCAGCAGGGGCCCAUAGGUCACUCUUGGGAUCACCUGGUCACUGGUACCUCCUGGGUAACAAUCACAUGACCUAUCACAUGGUACAACUCUUAAAGUGAUAACACAUUUUAUACAGUACAACAUAUUUUCAAUGGGGAAACGAAUGCAGGGGCCCUGGGGACACUGAAGGAUGCUGCCUGACAGGACAGUGAAGGUACGGGGUAAUACCUCCCGUACUGGGCCACCACAUUAUCCCCUCCCUUUUGUAUAGGGAAUAAGAUGUCUAGCGGGGAGUACCCCUUUAACUGCAUGAUCUUUUUGAUCUCGUAGAGAUAAGCCUUCUUCAGAGUCUGACAGCAGCAUACCCCUCCUCUCUCCAUUUAAAGAACCCGUGGCCAAGAUAAAUAUUCGUGCGGAGGGAUUAAGAGAGAUAGGUGUCAGGCCAACAAGCUUUCGGCCAUCAGCUGUCGCAUAUAUAUAUGGGUUGCUUUAUGCUUAGA